AUGACAAACGACACAUCAGUCAUCAGAAACAAGGACAACAAGUGCUCAGGUCCAUACCUACUCUCCAAGGACCCACCGCACUACAUCACCCCCGUCGAACUGUCCGACAUCCCCGAGGUCGUCCGGGUCCUCAACAUCAACAAGGACGUCUACUACGGAACCGGCUCCUUCGAGUACCCUCACCUAGAUUCCCAUGCCCGCACAAGAAUUGAAGCCCGCAUCAGGGGAAACAACGAGACUGAAUAUACUACCUGCUGGGCCAUGCGGACUUCACCCGAUGGUCCUUUGAUGGGAUGGAUCCAUGCACACUUCUUACCUCCUGGAUGCGCGACUCACCCAGAGACGGGAAAGCACUUGAAGAUUGGGGUGAUAGGGUACUGGGUCAGUCCUGAGCAUAUCUGCCGAGGAUACGGGUCCCGGUCAGCGAGGUUCAUUGUGCAUGAGGUUCUGUUCAAGGAACGAGGGUGUGAUAUCGUGAGAGCGGUGGCGUAUAGGGAUAACAUUGCGAGUCGGAGAGUACUGGAGGCUGCAGGGAUGAGAUGUGAGGUGGAGGAGAAGGUUGUGUUUUCGAACAAGUUGGAGAAGGAGAUGGUUGACAGUUGUUAUGCAGCGCACCGAGUCGAUUCCACCUUCCCUGUUAUUACACCCAACUAG